AGCUUCUGUUUGUGUGUACAACUAGAGAAACACAACACAGACACACACUUACACAUACUCUUACACACACUAUCACAAGUUCAGGUUAUGACCACUCAUCUUUCUCUCAAACACCACUCUUUCAAACACUAUUCACAUCAAUCAAAAAAAUAAAAAUAUUCCCACUCAACCCUUUUGAAUUUUACUCAAAACCCACCAUUUUUCUCAGCUCAAAUUUGCACCAAACUAAAAAAGAUGGAAUUUUUGGCCUUUUUAGCAGCCUAAUUUAAGACCCAAGUUGUAAUUUUUUGAACCUCUUGUUUGCUUGGUUUGCUAAAUGGAGAGUGUGGAAGAGAAGAGUAAGAAGAGUUAUGGGUUUGAAUCAUCUGGUGAUUCAGUGCCUGAGAAUAGAGAAAGUAACUCAAGUUCAAGCAGAUCAAGCUCUGAGAGUGCUGUGGUAGAUGAACACAAGAACAAAGAAUGUUCUCCUUUGGGCUGGCCUAUUAGAAAAGCCCACUUACAAAAAUGUGCCGUUCCUGAUGAUUCUGGCGAUGAAGACAAAGCCCUGUUGGGUGAUUCCAAGAAGAAGCAAGAUUUGAGUGUGACCCUUGCAGAAAUGGAGAUGAUGAAAGAGAGGUUUGCAAAAUUGUUGUUGGGUGAAGACAUGUCCGGAAGUGGCAAAGGGGUUUGCACUGCUUUGGCCAUUUCAAAUGCCAUCACUAAUCUAUGUGCCACGGCAUUUGGCCAGCUUUGGAGAUUGGAACCAUUGUCUUCUGAGAAGAAAGCAAUGUGGAAAAGAGAAAUGGAAUGUCUUCUCUGCGUAAGCGAUCACAUUGUUGAGCUCAUACCUACUUGGCAAACGUUUCCUGACGGAAGUAAGCUAGAGGUAAUGACCUGCAGACCACGGGCUGAUCUUUUUAUCAAUCUCCCAGCUCUUCGUAAGCUGGACAACAUGCUAAUUGAAAUCUUGGAUAGUUUCAGCAAGACAGAGUUUUGGUAUAUUGAUCAAGGGAUCAUAACUAGUGAUGCCGAUGGAUCAACCAUUCUUCGUAAAUCCAUGCAACGCCAAGAGGAGAAAUGGUGGCUUCCGGUGCCUCGUGUUCCCUCAGGUGGUCUCCUAGAAGAUACAAGAAAACAGUUGAACUACAAGCGGGAAUGUGCAAAUCAAAUACUAAAAGCUUCCAUGUCCAUCAAUGGCAUAACUUUAGCUGAGAUGAAAGUUCCUGAUUCAUAUUUGGAAACUCUUCCAAAGAAUGGCAGGGCCUGUCUAGGGGAUGUCAUCUAUCGGUAUAUCACUUCCGAAUAUUUCUCAGCAGAGUGUCUGCUCGAUUGCCUCGACUUGUCUAACGAACAUGCUGCCUUGGAAAUAGCAAAUCGCGUGGAGACAUCAAUCUAUGUAUGGCGCAGAAGACUCCACUCGAAACCAAUAACUAAUGCAAAUCGUUCAACUGCUAAAUCAUCUUGGGAGAUGGUUAGAGAUCUAAUGGUUGAUGGAGAUACUAAGAGGGAAUUGCUUGCUGAAAGAGCUGAAAGCCUCUUGCUUUGCUUAAAACAGCGGUUUCCUGGUCUGACCCAAACUUCACUAGACACUACCAAGAUCCAGUGCAACAUGGAUGUAGGGAAAUCCAUUUUAGAAGGUUAUUCCAGAGUCCUUGAGAGCCUUGCGUUCAAUAUUGUAGCAAGAAUUGAUGAUUUGCUGUAUGUUGAUGAUUUAACUAGGAAUGCUGGCAAGAUUCCUUCAGUUCCUACUAUCAGUGUAAUUUCUCACAAAAGAGUUAACAUCCCAUAUUCAGUGCCAGCCUCUGGCACUCCUUACAAAUCAGCAUUCGGCACACCAAAGUUUUCACCAGCUAAGGUGGUGAAUAGUCCUGCAAAGGGAGAGAGAACUCCAUUUCUUGGUGCCAACAUUGACAAGCCACCCCGACGUGGCUUUGGAGUCAAAAGAGUCUUGACUAAUUAUCUUGUUGGCGAGACAAAACUGAAGAACAUUGGCAAUCAACUUGAAGGACCACCUGGUUCUUCUAUUGGAAGCAAAAUUGUCGAAGUCGUGGCCUCUGGAACUCAAAAGGAAAAUAACGAGCAUCAGAAGGAGGUGUCGGCUCAUCACAAGGGAAGUCGACUAAGACAGAUGGAUCGAUGAGCACCGAGAUUUGAGCAAACUGAAUUAGCUGAAUUUGAUGUUACAUAUGAUAGAACAUACAUGAUAAAGAUGUGGAGAAAGUUACAAAUAGGCUUAAAUUAGUUACUUUGUUGUUACUGAAUUCUUAAUAUUUGUUUAUUUGCUGAUGAGGUAUUUUAUGUAUCGGUUCUAUGUUCUUAUC